AUGCUGCCCGUCCUCACCCUCCUCCUGGGGCUGCCGCUCGCCCUUGCAUCCCCCACGUGUGCCCCACUCAUCCCGGUCACCUUCGACAAUGCCACCGUCCCUGGGCUCCUGGGACACUGGGUGUACAUCGCCGGUGCCUCCAGGUACCCGCCUCACCUGGAGGAGCUGAAAGCCCUGAAACAUGCAGCUUUCUCCUUCUCUCCCGGCAGCCACGAGGACGAGCUCAACGUCACUGAAACCAUGCGGCUGAAUGAGACGUGCGUGGUGAGGAACACCAGCAAGGUCCUGGUCUUUCGGCACAACUCCACCUUGGUGCAUGUUGAUGACCAGGUGUUCGCCACUGCCAACCUGAUCCAAAGCGACAAGGACCUGCUGAUCCUCAGGCAUCUCAACGAUGACAUCCCAUCUCUGAGCCUCUCGGCACGGACGCCCAAUGUGAGCAAGGAGCAGCUGGAGGAGUUCAGAUCCCAUCUGCACUGCCUGGGCUUCACCGAGGAGGACAUCUACUUCACCUCCGAGAAGGAUGCCUGUCCCCUGCCUGAGGAGAAGAAGGACGAAGGAGAUGCGGAGUAA